UAACACAACUUGUGCAACCAUUUCCUAAAACACAAUCCUAGGACCAUACAUUAAUUUCACAACAUGGACGAUGUUGUUGAGAUGCAAGAGAAUCAUCAAAAGAUGGAAGUGCAAAACAAGGCCAUAGUUGAAAUUCUCUACAAGUCACUAUGGGGACAAGGGACAAUGGGCAAUGUGACCAAAUUGCUAGCAAGUGACCUUGAGUGGUGGUUCCACGGUCCCCCUCAUUGCCACCACAUGAUGAAGGUGCUCACAGGAGAAAUAGAUCACACUAAAGGCUUCCGGUUCGAGCCGAGGCGGAUCACCGCCGUCGGCGGCGACCACGUGAUCGCGGAGGGGUGGGAGGGCAAGGCCUAUUGGGUGCAUGUUUGGACAGUAAAAAAUGGCCUCAUAACUCAAUUUAGAGAGUACUUCAACACAUGGCUUGUGGUGAGGAAUCUGACGCAACCAAGUUGGGAAGAUAGCAAAGAUAGCAUCAUAUUUUGGCAUAGCCAGGCUCGUGAUCUCUAUCAAAGGACACUUCCAGGACUUGUACUAGCCAUUUAGCCACCACAGAAACACUUCAUGGUUGUGGUUAAUUGGAAGCUCGUUAGGGACAUUAUAAUGUAUAAUGUACCAUAAAAUGGCCCUACGGAUUAAACACAUGUUGCUCUACUCAGCAACAUUGGACUGCAUUUUUUGUAUUAUAUUUGGCUUGUGGACCUCAUCCACUGUUCUAUAAAAUGAUUAUCAAGUUGAAAGGGAAAAGAGUAAAUAAGAGGGCCAAGAAAAAAAGUUGUGAAAAAAUGGUCUGUGAAAUCAUGUGUAUAAUAUUAAAUGUUCAUGUUGUACUCA